UCAAUAGAGAACCCUCAAACCAACUCUCUAAAGCGUAAAUCUAUUUUCCUCCCUCACUGCUCAUGGGGAGAUUUUGUUUCCAAGUGCUUGCCCUAGUAACCCUAUUGCUUAUUUUGGAUGACUUGCCUGUAUGCUUCUGCAGAAAUUCCACAUCCAUGUGCGUAGAGCAUGAAAGAAAGGCUCUACUCCAGCUUAGACAAAUCCUCUCAGAUCCACACGGAUCGCUUUCUUCUUGGAAAGGCGAAGAUUGUUGCAGAUGGAAAGGAGUCACUUGUGAUAGAUUAUAUGCUCAUGUCAUCGAGCUUCAAUUAUUACCUGAAGUUGCAAGAGUCGAUUAUGGUUAUGUUCUCCCCGACAGGAUCCUCUCCGUAGCUGGUAAGUUGAACUCUUCUUUGCUCAACUUGAGAUACUUGAAAUGCUUGGACUUAAGUGGGAUCAAUUUCGAGGGGGAACGGAUCCCAGCAUUUCUCGGAUCGAUGAAACAAUUGAGGUACCUCGAUUUGUCAUUUGGUAACUUCCAUGGAACGGUUCCUCAAGAAUUGGGAAACCUCACAAAAUUGGAAGUCCUUGAUCUUCAUGAUUAUUAUGGAAAUUUGGUUGUUGACGAUACCCGAUGGAUUUCUCAUCUUCAGUCACUAAAUUAUCUCGACAUGAGUUUCUUAAAGAUUGCCAGAGCAAGAGACCUCAUGCAUAUGAUUGGCAUGCUCCCAUCCUUAUCACAUUUGAGCUUAUCAGUUUGCGGACUUCUCAAUUAUCAUCUUUCGGCCAAUUCCACUUCUCUUGUUCAUCUUCAAUAUCUUGAUCUUUCAUAUAAUUUUCUCAAAGGUCCCAUCGCAAAUGUUGUAUUCCAAAACAUGACUUCUCUUCAACAUCUUGAUCUUUCGGGGAACUCUUUCGGCUCUUCGAUUCCCAUGUGGUUUGACAAGCUUCCAAGCCUUGUUCAUCUCAAUCUUGAGUAUAAUCUUUUUCACAGCAUUGAGGGAGGCUUAUUCUCAUUCUUGAAGAGUAAGAAGUACCUCAAAUCAUUGUAUUUGGGUUAUAACCAACUCGGUGGAGAGAUCUCGACGUCCCAGGGGAACUCAUCAAUGGUCAUCGCUAAUAGCUUAGUGGGAACACUUGAUCUUUCACAUAAUCAAUUGAAUGGGACCAUUCCAUCAUCAUUAGGUGAGUUGUCAUCAUUGGCAUGGUUAGAUCUUUCUUGCAAUCAAUUCUCGGGGCAUAUUCCUGCCUCAUUAGGGCAUCUGCGGGCUUUACAAGAGUUGCAUCUUAGCAGUAAUCAUUUGAGCGGUACUAUACCUGAUGAUUUUGGGAAACUUUCCCAUCUUUCGGUUCUUUCUCUCUAUAUCAAUUCUCUGGGAGGAGUGAUUUCGGAAAUUCAUUUUUCUAAUUUGACGAGGCUAAAGUAUUUGCAUAUUAGUGCCAAUAAUAACUUGACUUUUAAGGCAGAACAUGGCUGGAUACCACCUUUUCAACUUAACUUCAUUCGGAUGGAUUCCUGUAAAUUCAGAAAUACAUUUCCCCUGUGGAUGCGGACACAAGUGGAAGUUCAGGUUAUAUCUCUCUCAAAUGCAUCAAUAUUUGGGGCUCUACCUAAAUGGUUUGGCAACAUGACAUUCAGGGAGUUCAAUCUCUCGCACAAUCAAAUUACCGGACCCUUGCCAAGCAUGUCUUCUGAGUGUUCCGUGUUAGAUCUCUCCCACAACUUCAUCUCUGGACCUCUUCCAACCAAUAUUAGUGGGAUGAACCUGGCAUUUCUAUACCUCAAUGAUAACCAUAUCAAUGGCACUUUGCCAUCAUCCUUAUGUGAAGGGGGGUUCUUCAAUUUGAAUCUUGGCAAUAAUUCGCUAUCUGGCAGUAUUCCCAACUGUUGGGAGGGUUUUCGCUUGUUUCACUUGACAUUGUCGUUCAAUAAUUUAUCCGGAGUAAUUCCAAGCUCAAUUGGAUCCUCACAUCAACUUUCAACCCUACACUUGAAUGGAAAUCAUCUCAAUGGGGAGCUUCCUCUAAAUUUGAGCCACUGCACAACUCUAAUAGUCUUAGACCUUGGAGAGAAUAACUUCUCCGGAAGCAUCCCGACAUGGCUAAGCAAAAGCUUUGAUUUGUUGAUGAUCCUAAGGCUAAGAGAGAACAGUUUUACUGGCAGCAUCCCUUCGCAACUCUGCUCGCUCCCAAGAUUGCAAAUACUGGAUUUGGCAGCAAACAAUUUGACAGGAACUAUCCCACGGUGUCUUGGCUAUAUGAAAGGCAUGAAAUACUUCAAUCGAGACAAUAUACCUGAAUUUGUGGCCCCCUCUCCUAUCUAUAUCGGGUCAUCUCCAUCUGCAUCUCCAUUGCCGGCAAUAGCGAAUCCUUUUUUCGAUUCGAAUCAAGAGCAUGUGGUUGAGAUCAUGAAGGGAAGACACAAUGAAUACACUAAAAUUGACUUGCUACUUGCGGUCAAUUUGGAUCUCUCGAGCAACCACUUGAAUGGGUUGAUCCCCGAAGAAUUCGCUUUCCUCUCGGGAUUGCAUGGUUUGAACUUGUCGCACAACCUUCUCUCCGGAGGCAUUCCUAUUGGCAUUGGGGAUAUGAAGUCACUCGAGUCUCUUGAUCUUUCCAGCAAUCUCCUCUCAGGAAUGAUUCCGCAGGGCAUUUCAGCAUUGACAUAUCUAGCGUACCUCAACCUGUCGCACAACAACUUCAUCGGGCCAAUUCCGAGAGGAAAGCAAAUCCAGACACUUAAUGAUCCUUCCAUUUAUGCCGACAAUCCUCUACUUUGUGGCGAUCCUCUACAAAAGAAAUGCCCCUAUGCAGAGGCUCCUCAAGCGUGGGAAGAAGAUAACAUUGAAGAGGGUAAGCUUGAGAAGGUAAUGUUCUACUUAGUCAUAAUGCUUGGGUUUGCAACAGGGUUUUGGGGAGUCGUUGGCGGUUUGGUCUACAAGAAGAAUUGGAGACAUGCGUACUUCAACUAUGCGGAUCGUAAAAUAGACAUGGCGUACGUGAUUGUUGCAGUGAAGGUAGCCGAGUUGAGGAGGAGACUGAGAAGAGCGUAA